GUUCGUGGGCAUUGUGUUGUUUACAUUGACGCGUUGGUCUCGAACUCUUAAAUUAAGAGUGCAGUCGUUGGGAGGAAAAGCCCUCAUGCAAACUGCACGUAUCCCGAAGAAGAACUCUAGAUUUUUGAUAUAAGUAAAUCAACCCAUACCCGAGGCUGAUCCAACACACACCCUGGCCACAUCUACAGACAAUGACAACCGCCCUAACAUAGCUACCAUUGCUAUAUACAAAUCGUUUGAAUUGAUGGUGGGACAAACUUCUAAAUGACUCCUUAGCACGCCUUACCCCAUGCUAACUUGCCACAAACCUCAACUACGGACACCAAGAGUAAGAAACCUCCCAACUGUACAAACCUCCCAGCUGUAUAAACCUCCCAGCUGUACAAACCUCCCAGCUGUACAAACCUCCCAGCUGUACAAACCUCCCAGCUGUACAAACCUGCCACCUGUACAAACCUCCCAGCGACCUGGCACUUUGACUGAAACACCACAUAAACCACUCUCCCACAACACAACCUCCAAGCACUCCCAGAUAUUCAACAUGGUGUACUACUGGUACGUCAAAGAAGACCGAUGUGAUUAAAUCCCAGAGGAAUGGGACAAUCAACCUUUGUGGUAAUGUGGACAUCCUUCAUGAAAAAUUUGAUCUGCUGCUUAUAACUUUUUAUUAAGCUAUCAUGGAUUCCUUCGUAUGUGGAACAUGCAAGGGCACGUUUCACAGACUUGAAGAAUUUACCAAACACAAGCAGAGUCAUGGCUGUCAAAAUGUGCUUAGAAGAGCAGUAUGCCAGCAGGACACACAGACAGUACUAGGGGCAGAAACUUCUAUUUGUGAAGGCAGGCUGCCAAUAUUCUCUCCAUCUUCACAAUAUGACAAUAUAUCAACCAUAUCAACAGCAUCUGUUGUAUCCGUGUCUUCAUUUUCAAUUGCUCCAAGCUGUGACACCAGUUCUUCUGUCCCUUUUAGCAAUACUCGAGUAAAUUCCCCAGCAUCAGUAUUAUUCAACAUGUAUCUAGCCAAUUCUUCACAAAUUGGAGCAUCAGCCAUUAAUGUGGUAGAUCCAAAUAGCUCCAUACCAGAGGUACUAGGAAGAACAAAACAAGUCCCAGAUACUAGUACUUCUAAUUCCUCAUAUUCUUCGGCUUAUACUUCAGGAUCACACACGUCCUCAACACACACUAUAGCACCUUUAGAAAUGUACCACCAAGAUGGGAAUAGCAGCACAAAAUUAACAGAAUCAAAUUGUACUAGAAAGGUGUCCAUCCCUGACAUUGACUCCUUACAGUCUUUUGAUUCUCUGGUUUCAGUUGCACAGAUUUCUAAAAAAAAUCCAAAAGAACAUAGUUUUGGUAAUGAUAAAGUGCAACAGAACAUGGCUGAUAAUGACAUGAAGGAUGUAAUUUUUAUUGAAAUAUCGGAGACCAUAGAAAAAAAUUGUAAAUCGAAUACAAAAGUUAAUGUGCCUUAUGUUGAAUUACCAGCACAUUCAGUUACUAGAAGUGCAAAAGGAGCUGACAUUCUUUUAGAUCCUGAGCAUAAGAUAGCAAGGGAAACAACACCCAGGUUAUACUCUAAUGAAAGGGAAGUAACAAGCUUGAUUUGUGAGUUAAAUGGCCAAGAUUUUACCGAGACUCAGGAUUGCCUUCCAGAAUAUUACGCAAACUCUUCUAUGACUACUACUUCGAAUCUUUCAGUUAUAAUAGAUGGUAUCACAGCGCAGCCUAUGGAAACAAGCAUACCUGUUAAUUAUAUACAAAGUGGCAUUGAAGACAAUGCUAGAAAUGGAAAAUUAAUGGGUAAUGUUGAUAGCAAUUAUAUUCGUGUCUGUAAUUCUGAAGGACGUUUAUCAAGUACAAAUUCUACAAAUAGUGUGGACAAUUUAUUGUGUGAAAAUUCUGAUCAGUAUACUAAUAUAGAAAACAUUGCCAAUAACACUGUAAACAUUACUAGUAACUUAAAUGCUGAGAAAACUAAAUUAAGUCAAGGAAGCAAAGUUCUGAAAGCUGUGUCUUCUUCUAGUGAAUCAAAUUUUGAGCGUAGAUCUUUAAGUAUUUCUACACAAAAUAAUUUUGAUAAAUCGACAAAUGGCUGUGUAUUAGUUGACGAUGAAACAAGAGUAAUAUCGAACAAUGAUGGAAUUUUAACAAAUACUAGUAAUACCAUAACUACUAGUUCUACUGAUGUUAGGGAUACAGUCACAAUAAGGUCUAAGAAUAAAAAUAUUGCAAACAUUUUUGAGUCUUUAGAUUCUAUCAAUGGUAAUAGUUCAGGAGUGGGUACUGUGAUGGCCGCUGGAGCUAACGAUGGCACUUUUAUUGUGGGUAGUAACAAGACAGUAUGUGCAGCCAACACUGUGGCUGAUGUUAUGUUUGAUGGCGAGACAGCUAUGGAAAUUGUGCCUCGGAUUAUGACCCAAGCAGACCACCAAGCUGCACUAUACAGUAAUGGAGGGGAUAUUGAUUCUGGUAAUGGUACAACAGCAGCAGCAGCGGCAGCAGCAACCAUAAAUAUGACCAAAGUGAGUAACGGUGUUGUAUCAGCUAACAGAAUUGAUCAAAACCCUGAUAGUUGGUGUAAUACUGGGGGUCACACUAGCACUGCUGUUGGUAUUAGUGGGGAGAGUAUCUCAACACAUGUUGAAGGGACAACCUCAGAGACUGACAUUCACAAAAUUCAGCAGCCUGUUAGUGAAUCAACAAUAUUAAAUGAAGGAAUUGAUUUUGUAAGUAAUACUGAAGUUGGAUCUGGAAGCAAUGAUGGUUCAGACUUAACAUACGCCUCUGCUCCUGGCUUAUAUACAUUACUGCUAAAUGCUGAUAAUACCUUUACUUUGGUUGCUGGAGGAUAUCAAGGAUCUUCCGGUAUUCAGGGCAGUCAGGUGUUUGUCUGUCGUCAGUGUAAGAAAUUUGCCCAGUCACAGGUUGAAAUCUUAAAUCACAUUUCUACUUGUCAUCCUGGCAAUUUAGAUAAUGUCAAUCAAAGUGUAUGGGAGUUUACAUCAUUGUCAUCAUGCAAUGAAAGUGCAGAUGUGCUAAAUGACGCUGAUCAACUGUUUCGCCCUCGGCUGACCCUGAGUGUGGAAACAACUUCACAAGGAUCGGGUAACUGUCUUGAGGUGGAAGGAUGUAAUGGUUCACAGAUGAAUCCUGAAGGUGGUUGUGAGGCGCUAGUUGUGCACAAAAGACCAAAUAAGCGAAAGUUGGGUAGACCAAGAAAAAAAGACAUGUUGUCUACUCAAGAGCAUAAUAUAGAAGCAACAAAAGAAAAUCGAUUUAAAAUUGAAGGAAAUGGCAUUGUAUGCCUUGAUUGUAGAAAAACUUUCUUGAAGCAGCGACAGUUUGACAAACAUAGGUGUUGUAUGUGGCAGACCAGUCUUGAACAGUUAAGUCAUACAAGUGUUGAAAGGUUUGCAGUUCCUCCUCCAUCACAAGGUAAAAUGAAGGAACCAAUACUUGGAGAUAGUUAUGAUGACAGAAAUUUUGACUUGCACCAAGGAAAUGUAGUUGAAGAAGACAUGGAAGAGGAGUGGAAGGGAUAUAAAUAUUAUACAACAAAAAUUAAAUCCAAACCCAGUGAAGGCGGUAAAAGGAAGCGAGGAAGACCACCAAAAGUUGACGCGCUGCUCUGCGGUGCCAAAUCAAAUGAAGAUUGCUUUGAACAAAGUCAACAGGAAAGGAAUCAGGCUACUGAUGCCAACGACAACCCCACAACAGGCGAUACAAAGUUUAUACAAGUUCCCAAAUUAAUUCCUAGUGCAAAUGCUAAUUCUCCUGCAUUAUCAAGUAAUGCAGGAACAGAUCAGACAGUGCUACCAAAUGCAGGUGGACCACCUUUGCUGCACUCGAUUCCUACCUUGCCACUUUUCUCUAAUCCUAGACAACAAGAGCGACUUCACAAGUGGAUAGCUCAGAUUGACUUGAGCUUUGUGGAUAGUAUUAUUGACAGAAUUUGCCCAGACAGAGUACCACCUGAUAAACGGGGAAUGGUGAUGUAUGCGUGUCGAGAAUGUAAGGUUCUGUUUAGGACAUUGUUGUCAUGCAGAAGGCACUGUGCCAAGCAUAUGUCCAAAAAAGCAUUCAGUUGUCCAGAUUGUGACUUUGCAACCACACAUGUUGGUGCACUUUAUUCCCAUUACCGUAAUCAUACACAAAAUCUUUAUGCCUGUGAUAAAUGUGAUUUUAGAGCUCGAAUUAAAGCCCAUUAUAGAGAUCAUUUGGAAACACACAAUCCAAGUAGACAUAUUUGUAAGUUAUGCCAAAGGCCAUAUAGUACUUCAAAUUCUCUUAAAAGUCACAUAUAUCUUGCCCAUCGCAACGAAGAGGGGAUGAAGUACAUGUUUUGCCUAAGGAGAAAGAACCAGGAACAAAACAAGCAAGGUCUUGUCUAUCAGUGCCCAAUAUGUGGUAAAAUAUUUGGUAAGCGUUUAUUGGCUAGUAAACACAUAGCUAAUCAUGGCUUUAAUGAUUCUAAUCCACCCGUCCAGUAUAAGGUUUGUGAUAUGGAACCCUUACGCUACAGAACACUGAAAAAACAUCUGCAGAAACACAAAGUCUUGUACAUUUGUUGUGUUUGUGCAGAACCACAGUUCACUGCCAGUUGUCUCCGCAAACACCUCAAAGAAGGUGUUUGUAACGUGUCUCCAGACAAUGCCUAUAAACAAUCUCUUUUGUGCUCAUACACUUUUCCAGAAACAUUUUCUAGACUUAUAGCAAAUAAAAGACUUGGAAUUGGGUCAUUGCUGCAAUAUUUAAGAAAACAUUGGAGCGAUUACAAGUUUCCGGAUACAAAGGUGCAUAGUGGUCUUAUUAGACAAAUGCAAGAUUCUGGUUAUAAACAGAUUUAUGACCUUCUGCAAGAUCAGUGUCAUAUAGAAUCAAAUGGAAAUGGAAAUCCAAACCCACUUGACAAGGUAAUGAAAAUUGUUAUUGAUACAGGAUGUUCCCCAAAAAAUGAAGAGCCUGGAGCUAAAGGACAGCACCAGCCAUCACACCAGAACCAUGCCCAGCAGGAUACCUAUUGCCACCAACCUGAAAGGGAACUGAAAAGUAAGAGGAGUUGCCACGUAGCACAGUGUCUUGAUCCAAAGCUCAAAGAGAACCAUCAAGAACUCGCCAUGGAAGAAAGUGACCAGAGAGUUGUUGUCAUCAGCAAUGUUGGUGAAGAACACACUGUGGUGGUUGAAGAAGGACAAAUGGGCCCAGUCAGUGUUUCCUGGAGCUGCACUCUGGUAUAAAUGUCAUGCCUACGGUACCACACCACAGUUCCUGUCUAUAUCCACCCGUGAAAACAUUUCCCAUGUCGGGAAUCGAACCCGGGCCUCCUGGGUGAAAGCCAGGUAUCCUAGCCACUAUACCACAUGGGUCACAGGCAUGGGCGAUGACUGGGCCACGGGGACGCUAAGCCCCGAAACCAACUCAAGGUAACCCUAACUCACUCGUAUAGAUGCUUAGCCUGCCUAUGAAAUAAUCUAAGGACCUCAUAUCUACUAUGUUGUCUGGUAGUUUGUUACACAAAUGAACAGCCUUGUUUUCAAACUAGUAUUUACCAAGGUCUUUUGUGAAUCUAGUUCAUGGAAAGAACUUCUCCAAUUUAUAUCCAUUAUCUGACUUUCAGUUUUGUUAAUAUAUUUAAAAACCUUAUAUCCUCUUUGAUCCAUUUAUGUACUGUCACCCCUUACUCUUCAUCUGUCUAGAGAAUGUAACUUUAACUUGAUUUAGGGUUCUUAUUUGUGGGAUAAUUUGUAGGUACAAAUAGUAAAUACAAAACCCAUUCUCAACCAAUCAUAAAUAACGUACACACUCACUAGAAAAAAAGGUAAGAUAAAUUCAAAGUUGAAAAUACCAAUUUAUUGAAAUCACAAUAAUAAAAAAGUUUUUCAAUAAAAGUUUAUCUAAUACUACACAUUAAUUUUUUUCCAUUAAUGAUUUACAUUAAGCAUUUGAUUUAUAAUAUGAAUGACUGAUAAUACUAACAUGCAUUGUCAUUCUUUGCUCAUAAGCCUUGUAAUGCUUAAUGUGGGAAGCAUUAAAACAAGUCAUGGAAACUAGUACUGUAUACGAACACUUCAUUUAUGAAAGCCUUGUCAUCAAAUUUUUGUUGGGGCCAAUUGAUUUUUCUUAAGGGGUAACAAAAAUAUAGUCAAAGAUUAAGUAAACUUUGAAAACUUUAUUUAUAAUCACUUCAGUGUCAUAAGAGGCCACACAAUGAACUAUUAAAAUUACAAAGUGAUAAAACCAAUUAAUGUAAUGAUGUAUGGUUCCUGUACAACGAUCCAAGUAAAGGACUUGGCCAGUAAAAUUUAUUGGCAAAUGUUACAUUGCCUUUCAAAUUGGAGGAGCUUGGGCUGUGCUUUCCAACUCUGCUCUCUCCAGAGACAUACUUCAACAUCAGUAAUUCUCCAGUCAUCACUUCGUGAUUCCACAUUGUGGUCCUACAGUUGAAAAAGGCUUUGCCCAACUUAAUACUGGUAUUACAGACAACAAAUACAGUAUGGCAGAACCUUAUAUCCUGGUGAGCCGAGUUAGAGGACUUGUCCCCAUACCUUAAAAGGUGUGUCCCUAAGCUAACGGUAAAUAAAUACACCAUCCUUUCUUUGGUACACUAAACAAUAUUUUAGAAGUAUAUUCCUAUAGACAUUUUAUUAACCAUAUGAUGUAGUAAAUUUGUUUCUUAAAACUGAAAUGAAUGUAACUCCUAAUAUUAUUCAGCUACUUAUUUUUCUCUAUGUCCAAAUUUUUAAAAUUGAAAAAAAAAAAAGACAUAUACCAUUCCACAGAGUCAAAACACAACACUGAACA